AUGGCUCCUCCAGACCUAAACUCUCUUCCUCCCUCCAGAUCGACGUCGUCCUCGCCCAUGCAGCCCCGCUCCAUGCAGACCACGAACAUCCCUCCCAACCGCCAACAAACCCCCUCUCCUCGAAGUUCCUCGAUAUCUCUCGCUGCCACCGCCGUCACUAAUGCCGCCAACGAAUCUAGAAGGUCUUCUUUGAGUAACAGAGGAUCUCCACGCUUGGGUCGGAUGCCUAGUGAUCGCCGUCGCUCGCAAGUUGCCAUCAACCUCAACCUCAAUGACCCGACCAUUCCCAGCCCGGGCGAACUGUCCAGCAGCGAUCCGAGAACUGGGUUCGGUCAUAGCUAUGCCUCAGCGAGUCCGCCCACCAUCGGUGGCAGGUCUGCCAUUGCCACGGGUGACCCGCACCACCAGCGUCAACCCAGUCUCGGAGAAAUCCAUAAUGAGCUGGAACAGGAGCAAGAGGCACAAGUGAACCGAAUGUUGCAGAUGAUCCGAGAGCAGCAGCUACAACUGGACGCUCUCCGAAACAGUCAAGGCCAGAAUGGUCAUCACUCUCGACACUCCUCUCAGCCCAACUCGGCUCUGGCAGGUAACAGCACCGCAGUGGUCGACGAUGAAACACCUGCCUCCGAACGCUCCAUCACCUUUCCAUCGGUACACCCUGCAGUCCCCACGGUCCCUCCACUGACAAGACGGAUCUCGCGUGGACCUUCGAGCGCAAGCCGUUCGCCAGCCUUGAGACCACUGCCUGGCCAGGAGUUAAACAUUGGUAAUACUGCCAGUGGUGAAUGGCCCCCGUCACCUCUCGAAUCGCCCAGCACGGCACGCAGAAACAGCUUCCGCGACGAAACCGCCUUCUACCAGGCCGAGACAGCCAACUUGACUCGCGAAAACCAGAUGCUGAGAAUGCGUAUUCGCGAACUGGAGAAGCAGAUUAGUGAACUGACUGCCUCCCCUGCAAAUACGCCCGCAAUACCCUCGAAUCUGGUCAGCAAUCCGCCGGUCAAUAAUGUACCAGUGAGAGUGGCUCAAGAGGAGGCCACGGCGGCCGCCGAGGUGGCAAGGGUCACCGUCGAGCCAGACAAGGCAUGA